GUGAACUUUGACCCCGCUUCUGUCUGUUCGGCUGUCAAGCGAGGAAGAAUUUACGCGUUGGAAAAUGACAGUUAUUGCCUAUGAAUGGACUGUCGGGCUCUUUUACUAGCCAAGUAGUGACUACAGUCUCUCUUUCAUACGAUUUUCAGACGCUGGUGGAUACCCGGCCGCUGUCAGAAGACGCUGACCUAUAUGUGCUCUUCCGUGUCGGAUUUGUUUUGCUACAUUAGCUAGUUAGCUGUUAGCUGGUUAAUAGACUUUAUCUCUAAUCGUAUUUCUAACGUAAUUUUUAAAAUGCUGUAAAGUUGGAAUUACAUCCGCCUUUACAGUGCAGCGUAGAUCAGAUGACCAUCACCAAGUUCUAUCAGUGGUUCUUAUGACCGUCACUCUUUAAAAAUGUUUCAGCGGUUAGUUUUACCGAGUAACGGAACAAACCGUCCUGAAGUAGCGUUGCUUACGGUGAGCUAAGCGACCCGAGUUGAGCCAGGUUAAAGCUCACCGUGUCCGUCGCGGCAACGGCCACCGUUCAACUGUGAAGAGCGUGUUCUGCGCCCGACAACCACCAGCUGGUUAGCGGCGAAGCUAGCUAGGAUAACGUUAUUUAGCAUCAGCGCGUUGAAGGGACGUUUCCUACGACGAUGGCUAACGUUACAGACCUGCAAACCAAAUACACCAAACUAGCACAGGAGUACUCCAAGCUCCGUGCCCAAAAUCAGGUACUGAAGAAGGGAGUUGUGGAUGAACAGGCCAACUCUGCCUCGCUUAAGGAUCAGCUGAAGCAGAGGGACCAGAGCCUUAGGAAGCAGGAACAGGAGAUGGACAGCCUCACCUUUCGAAACCAACAGCUUGCCAAGCGGGUCGAGUUGCUGCAAGAGGAACUAGCUGCAAGUGAAGCCAAGGGCAAAAAGGGGAAGAAUAAAGGUGAUUCCCCCUCACAACAUGGCCUACAGACCCAAAGUGUUUUUAAUGAAGACUUGCGAAAAAAGAUAGAAGAAAAUGAACGACUUCACAUUCAGUUCUAUGAAGCUGAUGAGCAGCACAAGAAGCGAGAGUCCGAGCUAAGGUUGCGGCUAGAGGAGCUGCAGAGGGACUCUGAGCAGCAUCAGGCUGUAGUGGAUGGGCUCACCACAAAAUACAUGGAAACCAUUGAACGGCUUCAGAAUGAUAAGGCUCGUUUGGAGGUAAAAACACAGAGUCUGGACAGGGAAGCAAAAGAGUGCAGACUGCGAACAGAAGAGUGUCAGCAGCAACUGAAGCGGUGUCAGGCAGAGCUGAACAGACAGGUGAAACAAAGCAGCAGUGUUAUCCAGGAGAAAGUUCCAUUCAAUGACACCAAAAUAAUUGAUUACAACAGUUUAAAUGUACCAGCCCACAAUCGAAGGCAUCAGGUCAAAGCCCGGGAUGUGUCAGGACAGGCUCUGAGCUUCCUUCAGGACCUUGUGGCUGCUCUCUUAAAUUUCCACUCCUACACAGAGCAGAGAGUACAUAUUUACCCACUGGACUCCUCUAUUGAGCUCAUUUCUCCUCUUAAUCAGAAGUUCUCACAGUAUCUUCAUGAGAAUGCAGCUUAUGUGCGCCCCCUGGAGGAAAGCUUUCUGCAGUUGCACCAAAGCAUCACAGAAGACACAGUUACAAUACUGGAAACUACACCUAAACUGAAGAGUUUUGCUGACAAUUUUUCCUCAUAUACUCAUUUUCUGCAAAAGAUUCUUCCCUACCAGCUGAAAAGCUUUGAAGAGGAGUGUGAGGCACCUCUCUGUACUGUUGCCCUCAGUGCAAAAAACCGGGAGCUGCAGAAGGACAUGAAGAGAAUGACCUCUGUGUUUGAGAAACUGCAAAGUUACAUUAACCUUUUAGCCUUACCCAGUGUGCGGCAGGAUGCCAUGCCACAUAGCAGCACCUCAGCUGUCUUCACCCAGCUGGCUGCGUACCUACACAGUCUUCACGAUGCUACAAAAGAGAUGUCAAAGCAUUACAACCAGAAGGCUAGUUUAGAGCAGGAGCUCCCCACUGUCACCCAGAAGCUCUGUACUACUACUGACUGCCUGCUGGGAUCUCUGGGCUCGCUGACAAGUAGCACUGGCAAGAUUGCCACUUUCUUCAGCAACAACUUGGACUUCUUUACCUCAUCAGGCUACAGUCCAAGAGGCAGCACAUUAACCAUCAACCCACUGCAAGCAGAGAAUAUGCUCGCCAACAAAAAGAAAGCAGCUGCCUAUAUCCAAGCUAUCAAAAAGCCCAGACCACAGUCUGUUCCAUACACGGAAGCCUUGUCAAAUCGUCGAAUACUUACCAGCUCUACUGAAAGCAGAGAGGGUCUGACUCAACAGGUGCAGCAGAGCCAGGAGAAGAUCGCUCGGUUGGAGCAGGAGAAGGAACACUGGCUCCUGGAGGCCCAGCUUGGGAAGGUGCGGCUGGAAAAGGAGAACCAGCGCAUUGCAGACCUGGAAGCACAGCUUGCAGCAACACUAGCAGGGAGUCCGAGCACUCAGGCCAUCAUAACUGGUAUAUCUGCUCAGACCCUUGAAGAAGCAGAGACUGAGCAGAAAGCUGCAGGGAAAGAGACUACGUUGUGCACAAGCCUGGUUGGUAUGCUUUGUACAACGCCAACAGUUGAACAUGUGGGAGAUGAGGAGUCCCGGGAGCAGCUGAUAAAGACACAUUACAUGGCAAGAGUAGGAGAACUCACCACCCAGCUCCAGAUUUCAGACAGCAAAGCUGUUCACUUCUACUCUGAGUGUCGAGCUUUGGCCAAGAGAUUAGCUUUUGCAGAAAAAUCACGAGAGGCUCUUAGUGACGAGAUCAAAGAAGCUAAUCAGAAGUUCAGCAACUUGCAGGAUGAAUUAGCUACGAUUAAGAGGAGCUACGAAGACCAGCUCAGCAUGAUGAGUGAUCACCUCUGCAGUAUGAAUGAGACUUUGACCAAGCAGAGAGAGGAAAUUGACACGCUCAAACUGGGAACUAAGGGAAAUGCCAAAAAGAAUAAAGGUCGCUAGAGUUGCCCUCGAAACUCUGGCUCCGAUUGGCAUCACAAAGUGCACCUUGAGAAGAUUGAGAUCAUGGAGCCUCUCGGCACAAACCUCAGGAUGGCCACGAGCCACUGAAGCCUCCACUGUCAAGCGGGGGUCACAGAUGAAUAAGGGUGAAUGAGGGUUUGAACAUAUUUCACUGAAGAACCAGCUUCACACUUUUCCUUGACAGAGCACCAGUUCUAACAUGUUCCAACAUUUGUUUAAAAGAAAAAACCUGACUGUAUGAGAGGCUCUUGCCUGACCUUGGUGUCAAAGCAGGGUGGGAGUGGAAAUCUUUUCCCAAGCAGAGACAGACCAUAAACAGAUGCAGUUGUUUAUGCUCGAUAAAGAUGUGACUUAAAGACCAAGCCCUGUUGAACAGUGUGAGUGCUGAUGAAACUGUGCAUUCUUACUUACCUGUGUGAAUAUGUGAACAGUGUAAAUGUUGGCGUGAUUGCGUGUGUGUGUGUGCGCAUGCUGUGGUGUCUCAUUGUGUGACUGCUGUCAUACUUUACGUUAUGUGAGAAUGGUUUUACACGUAGAUAUUUUAAAAUCAAAUUCAGGAGUACUUGUGCAAGUUGUUCCAAAGGACAAACCCUUCAAAUACAUGCAUUUAUCUCAAGCAUUUGUAAGGAAGAGCUUUAAAACCUGAUUGGACAACUAACAAAGAUUCGCUUGAAUUCAUUCUUCAGCUUGGAAAAAUGUUCAGUCUUCUGGGAGUAGAAAAAAUAAAUGACAUCUGCCCUAAAGCGGAUUAACUGUGUUUACCUGGAUAAAAAGGGUAGAUGGACAAGUCAGAGCUCGUACAAUAGUCCAAGUCCGUCCUUGUGAAGUUACUUCAGUCAUUGUUAUCACCAAAGUAAGUGUGGAUCUGCACUCAGAAGCCUGGUAUGACAAAAGUGUGAAUAAUUUCAUAUUGCAUAUGUAUGGAUAAAAAGGGUUAAUGUGAAUAUAACCUCAUUUGAAUCAUGCUAUAAUUGUACUGUAUAAUUUCUAAAAUAAUGUAUACAAAACAGCAUUUAUUCAAAGGUUGCAACAUUUUAUUUUUCACGAAAUCUGGAGAACUGAAUCUGCAGCUAGUGUGUUUUUCUUUGUCUCCUAAACAGCCGGAUUACCGGCAACUGUCAGAGGGGGUUGGCUCCUACAGGAACUGGUGCUUAGACAAACCGAUUCAUGAAUCACGGCAGUGAGUGUAGUUAGAGCUGUUGUAGCUUGUUGUGGCAUGAGGUAAAUGAAAGUGAAGGCCAGCGGCAGCGAUGAGCAGUUUAUUCAAACCUGCCAGUAAACCUUUGUUCACAAAGGUUUGCAAAAACCCUGUGUACUGAUACAGAAAAUUCUUGUUUUCUCACAGUGUAACUAGUUCAAGCACAUAUAAGUAUGUGAAUCAAAAUAAAGAGCUUGCUCAACA